AUGGGUAUCCUUCAGAAGAUCCUGGACGCCCUGGGGUUCAUCAAGCCGCAAUGCAAAGUCUUGUGUGUCGGGUUAGACAACAGCGGGAAGUCGACGGUCAUUCAGCACCUGAAGCCAACCUCACACAAGACAGAAGUGACGCCCACUGUCGGCUUCAACGUGGAGCAGUUCUCGCGCUCCAACAUCAACUUCACGGUGUUCGACAUGUCCGGGGCCGGCAAGUACCGCUCGCUGUGGGAGCACUACUACAAGGACGCACAGGCGAUCAUCUUCGUCAUCGACUGCAGUGACAAGCUGAGGAUGUGCGUGGUGAAGGAGGAGCUGCAUGCGCUGCUCAACCAUAAGGACACCAAGAGCCUGCCCACCCUCUUCUUCGCCAACAAGAUCGACAUCUCCGACCACCUCACCCCCGUCGAGUGUGUCCAGUACCUGGAGCUGGACGGGGUGAAGGAUCGGCCAUGGCAUAUUACACCGAGCAAUGCCCUCACAGGUUAUGGUCUUGACGAGGGAGUGAACUGGAUAUCGGAACAUCUUACACAGCGAUCUUGAGAGUGACCCGCUGCCAUCAACUUGUUUUGUACUUUAAGAGUAGAGGGUGGAAGAAGAGGCUAGCAAGUCGUCCUGACUCGAUUUGAAAACAAUCACGAGAAUUAAAUUUUGAGCUCCUC